CGGGCUUUCUCCGGCGCUGCAAAGGGUAGAGGCGACGCGCUUUGCUCGGGAAGGAAGACGUAAACGCGCCUCUGUCACUAAUAGGAAGGAGUUAUCUAUACAGUAAAAAAUGCUAAUAUUGAAUAAGACAACCGGGAUUUUUUCUAAAGCAUCAAAAAGGAAAACUUACGAAUUUUUAAGUAGUUUUACUUUGCAUCCUGGAAAGCGAUUUCUUCAUAAAAUAGUGUUGGGAAUUGAAACCAGUUGUGAUGAUACAGCAGCUGCUGUGGUGGAUGAAACUGGAAAUGUGCUGGGAGAAGCAAUACAUUCCCAAACUGAAAUUCACUUAAAAGCAGGUGGAAUUAUUCCUCCAGUAGCUCAACAACUGCACAGAGAAAAUAUUCAUCGCAUAGUGCAGGAAGCUGUUUCUGCCAGCAAUCUCUCUCCAAGCGACCUCUCAGCAAUUGCAACUACUAUCAAGCCAGGACUUGCUUUAAGCUUGGGAGUAGGUUUAUCAUUUAGCUUACAGCUGGUGAACCAGUUGAAGAAGCCUUUCAUUCCCAUCCAUCAUAUGGAGGCCCAUGCACUUACUAUUAGGCUAACCAACAAUGUAGAAUUUCCUUUUUUAGUCCUUUUGAUAUCUGGAGGUCACUGUCUAUUGGCAUUAGUUCAAGGAGUUUCAGAUUUUUUGCUUCUUGGAAAGUCUUUGGACAUUGCACCAGGUGACAUGUUUGACAAGGUAGCAAGAAGACUUUCUUUAGUAAAACAUCCAGAGUGCUCUACCAUGAGUGGGGGGAAGGCCAUAGAACAUUUGGCUAAACAAGGAAAUAAAUUGUGUUUUGAUCUCAAACACCCUAUGCAACGUGCUAAAAGUUGUGAUUUUUCUUUUUCUGGACUUCAAAGCAAUGUUAACAAAUUAAUAACGCAAAAGGAAAAAGAAGAAGGGAUUGAGGCAGGACAAGUCCUGUCUUCAGCUGCAGAUAUUGCUGCUUCGGUACAGCACACAACAGCCAGACACAUUGCCAGAACAACAUACCGUGCAAUCUCAUUUUGCCAGAAGAGGAGCUUGUUAUCGCAGACUAAUGCUGUAUUGGUUGCAUCUGGAGGCGUGGCAAGUAACAUGUAUAUCCGAAAAGCACUGGAAGUUGUAACAGACCUAACUCAGUGCACUUUGUUGUGCCCUCCUCCCAAGCUGUGUACUGACAAUGGCAUUAUGAUUGCAUGGAACGGCAUUGAAAGAUUACGUGCUGGUUUGGGCAUUUUAUACAACCCAGAAGGCAUCCGCUAUGAACCAAAAUGUCCUCUCGGAUUAGAUAUAUCAAAAGAAGUUGGAGAAGCUGCCAUAAAAAUACCACAAUUGGUCAUGAAGAUUUGAUGUUUACUUUACAAAAAAACCUCUACAGGACUAUUUCCCACCGGAUGGCUGUGAAGUAUACUGGAGACGGGUCACCAUUUUCUAAUUCCCACACGUUUUUCAUAUCUACUCUUUGAAUCUGGAUUAUUUCCACAGUUUGUCAUCUUGUCAUACUCUGGUGGCUUAUGCUUUGUGAUUCUGGAAGCUAUGGCACUCCUAUUUUGAAUAUCAGCAGAGUCUUGUGGUAGUUACAUAAUUUCAUGUCAACUUGUAGCUAGAUAAAAGCGUA